AGACAAAUCUCAGCGCAAAACUCGGCGGCGAUAGAUAAUCAAAACAAAAGAAACGCGUUUUUCAAACUGGUUCAAUCUUCUUCUUCGUCUUUCUUCAUCGUCUUCUUCUCUACAGACUCUUGACUCUCUCAUUAAAUUAACAAAUGUCCCUACGGUUUAUGCAAGUGUAGUGCUAUUAAACUAUCCCUUUUAUUUUCCCACCCAACCCAAUUUAUUUUCUCAUUCUUUCUCUUUACUCUUCAGAUCUCUCUGUUUCUUUCUCUUUGUUGUUGCCUGGGGAUGAUUUCUACUCUCUCUGGGUGUUUGGUUUCGUUCAUUGGCGACUUUCUCCUUUCUGGGUUCGUUUAAAGUCACGAUUUUUCCGAUACCCUUUUGAUCUUUCUUGCUAUUUCUCACCUCUGUAUAAGCUAGCUCUCUGCUAUUUUCCCUCACCCAAGUUGGGUUUACCAGUUCAGCUGUGUAGAAGAUAUUGAAUCAUCUGAGAAGUCCUAGGUUUGAUGUCUGAUGGUUUAAAGAUAGAAAGGAUUUGACUUUUAUCACAUUAGGAAUGAGAUUGGAUUGUUUUGAGGUUAUUGUGAUCAGAUCUUGAUGCUAUUUCUGGAGAAAGAGAUUAAUAGAAGUUUAGAUGGGUAAUACUUGUGUUGGACCAAGCAGAAAUGGCUUCUUGCAAUCUGUUUCAGCUGCAAUGUGGCGGCCAAGAGAUGGAGAUGAUUCGGCUUCCAUGAGUAAUGGAGAUAUUGCAAGUGAAGCUGUUUCAGGUGAGCUUCGAUCUCCAUUAUCUGAUGAAGUCCAGAAUAAACCUCCUGAACAGGUCACAAUGCCCAAGCCAGGGACUAACGUCGAGACCAAGGACAGAGAGAUUCCACCUGAAAGCAAGCCUGAAGCGCUAGAGGAGAUAAACCUUGAGUCCAAACCAGAGACUAAGCAGGAGACCAAGUCAGAGACCAAGCCGGAGACAAAACCUGAUCCUCCAGCUAAACCUAAGAAGCCUAAACACAUGAAGAGAGUGUCAAGUGCAGGGCUUAGGACUGAGUCAGUGUUGCAGAGGAAGACUGAAAACUUCAAGGAAUUCUAUUCCUUGGGAAGGAAACUCGGACAAGGGCAAUUUGGGACGACUUUUCUAUGUGUGGAGAAGACUACAGGAAAGGAGUUUGCGUGCAAGUCGAUUGCUAAGAGGAAGCUAUUGACUGAUGAAGACGUUGAAGAUGUGAGAAGGGAAAUUCAGAUAAUGCAUCACUUGGCUGGUCACCCCAAUGUUAUAUCCAUUAAAGGAGCUUAUGAGGAUGUCGUGGCGGUGCACCUUGUAAUGGAGUGUUGUGCAGGUGGCGAGCUUUUUGACAGGAUCAUUCAACGCGGUCACUACACAGAGAGGAAAGCGGCUGAGCUCACUAGAACAAUAGUUGGGGUUGUAGAGGCUUGCCAUUCUCUUGGUGUUAUGCAUCGAGACCUCAAGCCCGAGAAUUUUCUGUUUGUUAGUAAACACGAAGAUUCCCUCUUGAAGACGAUUGAUUUUGGACUCUCCAUGUUCUUUAAGCCAGACGAUGUUUUUACAGAUGUUGUUGGUAGCCCAUAUUAUGUUGCUCCAGAAGUUCUUCGAAAGCGUUAUGGCCCUGAAGCUGAUGUCUGGAGUGCUGGAGUGAUUGUGUACAUUUUAUUAAGCGGAGUUCCUCCAUUCUGGGCUGAAACCGAACAAGGUAUUUUCGAACAGGUUCUCCACGGUGAUCUUGACUUUUCGUCCGAUCCAUGGCCAAGCAUAUCUGAAAGUGCAAAGGAUUUAGUGAGGAAAAUGCUUGUCAGGGAUCCCAAGAAAAGGUUAACUGCCCACCAAGUAUUAUGUCAUCCGUGGGUUCAAGUCGACGGCGUGGCUCCAGACAAGCCUUUGGAUUCUGCUGUUCUGAGCCGUAUGAAGCAGUUUUCUGCAAUGAACAAGUUCAAGAAAAUGGCUCUUAGAGUCAUUGCUGAGAGCUUAUCUGAAGAAGAAAUAGCCGGCUUGAAAGAAAUGUUUAAUAUGAUAGAUGCGGACAAGAGUGGUCAGAUAACUUUCGAAGAACUGAAAGCAGGACUAAAACGAGUAGGGGCGAAUCUCAAAGAGUCCGAAAUUCUCGACUUGAUGCAAGCUGCUGAUGUGGACAACAGUGGAACAAUAGACUAUAAAGAGUUCAUAGCUGCAACAUUGCAUCUAAACAAAAUAGAGAGAGAGGACCAUUUGUUUGCAGCCUUUACAUACUUUGACAAAGAUGGGAGCGGCUAUAUCACCCCGGACGAGCUUCAACAAGCUUGUGAGGAGUUUGGUGUUGAGGAUGUCCGCAUAGAAGAACUGAUGCGCGACGUUGAUCAAGACAACGACGGGCGAAUAGACUACAACGAAUUUGUGGCAAUGAUGCAGAAAGGAAGCAUCACAGGAGGACCUGUGAAAAUGGGUCUAGAGAAAAGCUUUAGCAUUGCUCUUAAACUCUAGUUUCAGUCUAUUCAAAAGAACAAAACUAAAGCCAAGACAAAGAGUUUUCUGAUAAUAUACGAUUGAUUGUUGUUGAAGACAUAUAUGCACACAGCCAAGAUUUCUCUUCUUGCCCUCUUCUGGAUUCUCUCAAUCUUUUGGAUGAGGUUUUGUCUUAGACUUGUUUUGGAAACUUUGUUGUAUUGCGUUACUUCUUGAGCAAAUAUAGUCUUCUAACAUUUGGCCAUCGAAUCUGCCAGAGGUUAACAAACCA